AAAAGCGCGGAGCACACCGCUUUGUCAAGAAUUCCCGCUUUAGGAAGAAUUACAUUUUAGUCCCGCCCCAUUGAAUUUUCCCCCCUGUUUUUUUCGCUUCGUUCUGUAGUUACUCACUCUCUCUUCCACUCCACACUAUGCCAUGGAACAUCGCGGGAAUUCACCUACUCCAUCCUUGGCCAGCACUCAGAGGGCACACCGAUCGCAUCGUACUCCCCCGGUGGCACCUGCCUCUCCAACAAGGUCUACUCGAUCUGCCCUGACUACUAGCUUGGCGCUAGAUACUUUGGCAGUUGGUCCCGAAGUCAUCGCUCCGCAAGCCGGCGUCUUCGAGGGGCUAAAGUUUGUCGUCCUUAAGGAGUAUUUCAAACCGGAAGAUUAUGAGGAGAGUAUAGAGGGUAUCAAGCGACAUGGCGGCCGCAUCAUUGACAGCAAGCAUCCGACAAAACUUGACUAUCUCCUCAUUCCAACCCCCUCCCAGGACCCUUCCGACGAUCCAGUCAGGCGCUUCAGACUGGUAUACGCGCAAGACUAUCCCCUUCUCGGCGACCUGCAGCGUGUGUCGACCGAGUGGACGAGAGACUGCGCCUAUGUCGGCAGACUCAAGCCCUUGCCAUCGGCUCAGGAGGCUUUGGGCAUAACAUAUCCUGUAACCGACAAUGAGCUCGGCCGACAGAGGUCCCAACUGGCUAGGAAAGAUGUGGACCAAGUCGGACAAGUCUUGGAGGCGAUGCACCGAUUUACAUGGCCCCCGGUGGCAGGGAGGAAGGCGUUUUAUACUUGGUACAACGAUCACUACAAGACAGAUACAGGCAUCAAGGUCAUCAAUCUGGUCACGACCUAUCGUACCAUGUUUGAGAACCUCUGUCCACCGUUCAAGGCAUCGGCGGUGGCUGGUAGGCGAGUCCCACAUAUGAGGCCUCGCCGGAAAGACACGUCCGUUGAAGUGGAGGGAUCUCUCGCUUCCAAAGUAGAUCAGAUCACCCCGCAGACGCCACUUCCCCUUCCAUCGCCCACCCUUGACCAUUCCCUACCGGAUGUGCCGGCUGAUGUUGUGCCUUCGGUAUUGGAAUCGGGGUCCAGCUCCGCUGAAAGCUCUUCCUCCUCACGCGUCUGCACACCUACCCCACAGCGACAUUCCAGUCAGCCUCGAGACUUGUCGCUCUUGUCCUCUCGUUCAGAGAGACCGCCAGAGCCUUCCCUGACGGAGACGGAGAACAACGAAGCUGUGCCGGAAGACUUUGUGGAUCUCGUGGCGCCGGUGAAGGGCAAGCGGAAGUUGUCAGACCCUGACGUCUUUGUCGACCCCUUGAAGAGACGAUUGCCGCCUGAGAGAAGGAUGGAGAUCAUUGGACUCCUCUCCGAUACCAGUCCUGGAGCUGUCGAUGGGGAACUUGAAACGCUUCGUUCCGUCAUCAAGCAUGUACAUGAGACGACUAGCGCUGCUCCCUGUGGCUCCGUGGAACUUGAAACCAUGAUUUUGACGUGCCUCCGGACGCUGAGCGCGAGCGCUGCGACAGUCAAUGACGUUACGAAGAAACACAAGUCAGCAGAAUCAGACACAAUUACCUCUACUCGACCCCCAGGUGUGCCUCCGACUACGUUGAUACUCUCCAGUCACAUUUUCAGUGGCUUCGAUGCCAUGCUCCAAGAUGGCAUUGCGGAUGUUCUGGCGUUUACCAGGGUUCUGGAUGAAUCCGAUGAGCUAUCGAUCGAUGCUUUGCGGACGCGUCCGCCCAUUUUGGCUUUGUUGCGAGAGGAAGACUCUGAUUUACGGGCUGUCUUUGUCGAGGUCGACUGGGGCGAGAUCGUUUGCAUCGAUCUGGAAGCGUACACAUCUCCGGAAGAUGAGCAGGAGGCACAUGAUUAUGACUUGGAAACUAUGAAGCGUUUCCUGAUGACGGCGUCCGCGUCUUUGAGUAUGCCCUCGCCGGAGUUUGGCUCUAAGAUUGUGGGACUCUGUAAAUCUGGAAACCUAGCUUCCAGUUGUCUCCUCCUAUUAGCAUAUACAUACAGUCUCGUGCUGGGUCGCAAUGAGUGGGCCGAGCAGGUGGGGAACAUGGAAGUGAGAGAGGGAGAUUUGUAUGAGUGGGGCCUGGUGGUCGCAGACACUUUGAAGAAUAGAUAGGAUAAGUGCAUAUUGCUCAGUCAUAU